GCCUUGUACCAUGUAACAAGCUGUGACCAAUCACAGCUCACACAGUAGUGAAACACCGAUCGUCGGACGGGACCUCUGUACGAGGUCCCGAUCAUGUGAUCACUGAUUGGCCAAUCAGUGAUCACAUGCAAAGUAGUAAGCAAGAUGUCACUUGUGACAUCAUUGCUUACUACGUGUCCCGUCCGAGGCUCGGUGUUCCACUGUGUCCGGGAGGCUGUUUAUAAAUGGUCAUCCGACCCUGCACUGCCACCGUCUGGCCGUUUAUAUACAACGGCCGGACGGGAAGUGGUU